UAGAAUGAUAACAAUAAACAUUUUGGCCGCACUCUUGAAAAUUACAUAAAAUAAUGUUUUAAGAACAUAUGUGCUAUGUAGAAUGAAGUAGCGAUCUAAUUAUAAGUAUACUUGUCUAUGUAAGAAAGAUGCUCUACAUAGACAUUUGUGUAGAGUAAACAACCUCAGUCACAGUUCUUCUGUGACUACUAUGUCAGUGUUAAUAAUAAAAUCUAUCAUUUUAAAAAAUAACUUGAAUUUAUAUAAAGUAAGAAAUUGAGAAAUCUUGGAUGUUUUAUGAGUUGCUUAGUGAUAAUUAUAAAUUAUAUUAGUCUUUACUUCAUGGCAGAGAACUUAGGUAAUGAAUUUAAAUUAAAUCUCGAUAACUUAAUCAGUGAUAACAAGAAUGGAAGGAAGACUAUUAUGCAUCAUUCAAUGGAACUUAAAGGAAUAGAUAUGUUCAAUUUUAAAAUUUGUCUAUUAUUUUCCAAAAAAGUAUUAGUACUUUUAAUCCUUCAACUUCUGUCAUACAAUUUCAUGGGUUUUUUCUGUUUAUUUACUCCUAAAAUAAGAUUUUUCAUUUAUAAUUUUGAAUAUAUGAUAUCAAUAACAUUAGUUGUUAAUGUAAUAGUACUUAUAUUUCUACACAUGAAACGCAAACAUUUUCCUGCAAAUCUUGUGUUAUUAAUCAUUUUUACAGUUGUUGAAGCCUGUAGUGUUGGUAUUAUUAUAACAUCAUUUGAUUUAUUUUCACUAUUGCAAACAUUAUUACUCACUUUAUUUGUAAUGACAGUAACUACGAUAUAUAUUAUUAAGAGUAACUGUGUUUGUUUAUCAUUGACUGAAUGUUGUGUGUUAAUGAUUUCUACAAUAAUCACUGUGGGUAUUUUAAUUCAAAUAUUGCUUGGCAGUACAACAUAUGAGUUCAUAUUUUCAAGUAUAGCUGCAUAUGUUAUUUCAAUUUUUUUAAUAUAUGAUAUUCAGAGACUCACGUGGAAGUUACAUUCAGAUGACUUUAUUUUUGGUACAAUUUGUUUAUAUUUUGAUAUAAUUAAUUUUAUACCCAAUAUAUUACAUAAGAUUUAUAUGAAUGUUAAACUUAGAAGCCUCGUAUAUUAAUUUUAAAAUAAUAGUUACAUAUACUUUAUUUAUUUAAUUUGAUAAUAACUAAUUCAAAAAUCUACAAAUGAUAUACCUUUGAUUAUAUAUCAAUUUUUAUAAUUUUAAAUUGGUUAACCAAAUAUAAUUUAUUGAUUUUAG